UACACCUGGCUAGGUGGCACACAGCGCGGCCACACCAUAACAUCUGUAGGACCACACAGUCACUGACCGUGUGUCUAGCUAGCUUAGGGACAUUUCCACUUAGUGAGGUUAACCUAGCCAACGUUGUCGGACCGUCGUGUGUUCACAUCCUGGAAUGGAAGUGUUGGGAGAGCAGUACUACAGAGAUGCCAUGGAGCAGUGUCAUAACUACAACGCCAGGCUCUGUGCUGAGAGGAGCGUCCGAAUGCCGUUCCUCGACUCUCAGACUGGUGUGGCUCAGAGCAACUGUUACAUUUGGAUGGAAAAAAGACACCGUGGGCCAGGCAUGGCUCCAGGGCAGCUCUACACCUACCCAUCCAGGAGGUGGAGGAAGAAACGGCGAUCUCAUCCUCCAGAGGACCCGCGCCUUAUCUUCCCUCCUGUCAAGUCAGAGGCAGAUAUAGGACUGAAGAAGGAUGCUCUAUUAUCAGAUGGCAGCAGCCUGGAGGCCCUGCUGAAGGGCGACGCCUUGGAUAAACGGACGACCACAGAGCUGCGGGGGUCUGAGGAGGAUUCAAACCAGAGUGACUACACCGGGGGCCUCAACCCUGCCACUCGGAUCAGAAAGAGAAUCGUUGAACCAGAUGACUUCCUGGAUGACCUGGAUGAUGAAGACUACGAGGAAGACACGCCUAAAAGACGGGGCAAAGGAAAAGGGAAGGGUCGAGGAGUGGGCAGUACUCGGAAGAAGCUGGAUACGGCAGCGCUGGAGGACAGAGACAAGCCGUACGCCUGUGACAUCUGUGGGAAGCGCUACAAAAACCGUCCUGGCCUGAGCUACCAUUACGCCCACUCCCACCUGGCUGAGGAGGAGGGUGAGGAGAAGGAAGAGAUGGAGAUAAUCGAGCCUGCCCUGUCGCUGCCCGAGGAGCCUAAAAGUAAGAGAUCGUCGGCUGUGGUCAGAUUUCACUGUCAGAUUGCUGGGCUCAGCCUAGAGCUGAACGCUGAUGCGCUUCCUGUGUUUUCCUAUCGUUGCUCAGCUCCAAAGAAAGGCCCAGAUGGUCUUGCAUUGCCUAAUAAUUACUGUGACUUCUGCCUGGGAGACUCCAAAACCAACCACAAGACCGGCCAGUCAGAAGAGCUGGUGUCCUGCUCGGACUGCGGACGCUCAGGCCACCCAUCCUGCCUGCAGUUCACUCCUGUAAUGAUGGCCGCCGUAAAGACGUACCGCUGGCAGUGCAUAGAGUGCAAGUGUUGCAACAUGUGCGGCACCUCAGAGAAUGACGAUCAGCUUCUGUUCUGUGACGACUGUGAUAGAGGCUAUCACAUGUAUUGUCUCAACCCACCCAUGUCUGAGCCGCCAGAGGGGAGCUGGAGCUGUCAUCUAUGUCUGGACCUCUUGAAAGACAAGGCAUCCAUAUACCAGAACCAGAGUGCCCCAACAUCGUGAUGGCCACCCACCCCUCUGCUACACACUCAUUACUCAACCGUCCCUCAGCAGUAUGAUUUACCCUUCGAGAUAGAUGAUUAACUCCCCUGACAAGCUGACUGUGGAAGCAGUGUGUUCAGAACAGACAAUAAAUUGUAAAAGGGAAUUAUCCCCUACCAAACUGGCCUCAGCUAACUUCACCUAUGACUGUUGCACAGUUCCAAGCUCAGAGUCUGACUGCAUCGAUUUUUAUUUUCAUCUAUUUGCCACGUAGCCAAUUUGAGCAGUACUGCAUUUCCACAGGAUGCACAGCAUAAAUAGCCACAAUCUGACUUCCUGUUCAGUUUUUUUACAUAUACACAACGUUGCUAAAACCUUCUCUAUCUUGCAAUGUACUAAUUUUAUGACAAGAACAGAAAUAGAGCUUGGAAUCGAGUAGCAUGCCUGUGCUUGCUCAUCAUAGAAAAAAGAGAGACAUUUUAUAAUAUUUAUAUAUUUCUAUGGUAUAUAAUAGUGUUAAGUAUGUACAAAUUGGAAAGAAGACUGGUCAUGUAAUGGUCUUUUACUUAGUGCCCAUCAUCAUUAUGGAGAAAUCCACAACCACAUGUUCUUUUAUGGCACUGCUGACGUUUGGUGAUUCACCUGGUGUGGUAAGAGUCAAAGGGAUCUGCUGAGACUGUAAAUGAUUUUCCAUCUCAUCCUUGGUGGCCACACACUGGCACACACAGGAACUAUGAAUAGAAAUCAUGACAUUCUGGUCAAAGUGGCUCCAAAUGCUGAAGUACUUCAGGGAUGGCAGGAUAGACUUCACUCUUGUUGUUGACUCUUGUGUGCUAGCAGCUUAUUGAGCUGCACUGAGCUCAAGAAGAUCCAUAAUGUGAAUGUUCCAUUCAGGCUUUGGGGCCUUUUUGACAAAACUGUGGGCUUUUCACUGUUCUGUCGACUGCAUAGACAAUUAAGAGAUGAUGUUGAUAGAUAUGAUGAUUCCAAGUAAAUUAAAACCUGUUCCGGCUUAUGUUAUCAGCCAGGUAAAGGGAUAAAAAGCCUUCAUCGCUGUGUUCUAGCAGUUUGCUGAUCAUGCAGCAUACCUAAUACCUGUUGACUUGUUGUGACACCACUAGAUUAUUUUAAUGUAAUUGAGACUAUGUGACCUUGCAGAUGGUUGCUCGCUGGCAAUGUUAAAGCAAUGUAAGAGCUCCUGUAGGUUGCUGGGAUGACAGGGACUGAGUCAUUUUAGGCUCUGUUGGCAGAUAAUGUAUGAUACUGUAAUUUUUCUUCCCCUGAAAAUGCUAUUACAGAUGGGGGACUGUGGCUGCAAUUAUGGAUGGCUCCAUAUUGUAAAAAGAGAUUAUAAUGUGUCUGUGUAAAGUUGUAUGGAGAAACAUCUCUUUUAGUUACAGCUUUUGUAGUUUAAUUAUGCAAUGGUUUCCUUCUGUGGCAAGGCUAAAAGAAAAAAGUCUGGCUGAACUGCUAAAGCAGUUAUUUUACCUCAAACAGAAACAGUAUUUAAAGGGUUGAAACACGCUGUUGAUAAAGGGGACAAAAGCAGUGCGAUGAAUAGUAAUGACAGCUGCAGUGUCCGCUUCAAUAACUGCAUAUCCUACAGGUAAACAAGUGCAUGCUCACUAAUUGUUUUCACUCUCAUGCUACAUAGUUGUCUCAGCAUUAGGUCGGCAGGUGUUGGGAAGUGGUGUAAUAUAAAUUAACCAUGCUAUCAUGUCGUUUCAACAGCCAACUAACAAUUACUAAAGCAUUACAGGAGUAUAACUUGGUUUAUUUUCUCAUCACGUUUAAACUUAGUUAUUUAGAGAUGGUUGCUACUAGAAUAUUUUUGAAUUUUUGUAUUCAUGGAUGAUGUUUGCGUACCUGAUAUGCGAGGACAUUUUGGGACUUCAGUGGAGGUUGCUUUCUAGUUAAUCCUGUGAUCCAGGCCUCAUCUGAGCCGCUCUCUGCCAAAGCUUGAAACAAGAAGCAAAGCCCAUAAUGCGAUUAAGAGGCAGAUUCUGGACCUGAACCUUUAACACUGAAUGGUUAAAUGAUGGACCCAACUUCUAGGCUACACUCACAGUAAAGCCAUAAAGAAACACGAGUCCACGUGUAGUCCUAAUUUAUGUAUACUUAUUUUUUAACAUCAAAUUUUAAAUCAAAUUACAGUGUUCUGCUCUCUAGCUUUGGGAGAGAAUUGUUCAUGAUGUUUAAACCAAGAUCAUAGGUUUACAUAGUAGGUGAAUUCUCUAUAGGGUGGACUUUCAUUUGGAUUGUGAUGGAACGUUUUAUUGUACGAACUUUGUCUUCAGGAAAAUAAAAUACUAGGCACUAUAACCUGC